GAAAAUACGAGAAAUCCAAAAAUUUCUCCACUCCCCGUGCAUUCGUUUCUCCAAGGUCAACCUGUUUCUCCGGUAACGAGUUUUUGUCAUGGUUUUUGAAAAGAAAGAAAAAAUACGAGAAUAUUAUACGAUAUUCCCGGCACUUCACGGUCGAAGAAUUUUUGUUUCUCCAUUUUUUUUGCAAAACCUUGUUUUCUUUUUGUUUUUGUUUUUCCAACUCUUUUAUUUUCAUUCUGAUUCCUUUUCUCUCCUGUUUCAUCGCAACUUGUUAUUUGUCUCUCAUAGGACUUCAACGGUGGCCAGUCUCGCCGCCUAUCGAUAUAUAACGCUGGACAGGAAUAAAUAUACGUGACUGAAGAAUCGCACACACGUCGAACAACUUGAGAGAAAGACACGAGAAUGCAAGUGCAACGUUUGAGAAUUAUACUUCGCGAGGGACGGUCCAUCUCCGCUCUCGUCCAUCCGUCUGUCCAUGAACACUCGUAAAAAAUGGAAACAGCUACGCGGAGGGACUCUGCGAGAGUAUACGUUUGCCACUUGUCAGUAACGAACCACGUGCAGACCGAGAUACAAUUAUUCCACUCGCUCACUCACUCAGUCAAACCUCCCGUUCAAACUCGCAUCUCGAAUGCGCCGCUUGUACGAACCACGCUAUCACAUUUCAAAUAUCACUCUUGGAAGAAAUCGAGAUCUGCGCAAUAUCGUCGAUUCCUCAAAUUUUUCUUAUCUCCGAUCAACGUCACGGAAUUUACAUAAAACAAGUGUCCAACUCGUUUUUGAAGUUCGGGCCAAUUGAUGCCCUGUCGUUCUACGAGAUAUUGUCGCAGCGAACGAACCAGGAGAACUGAAAUUUGAAAACUUAUUUUUAAUUGUGGAUUUUUUAAGUUAACACUAAACUCGCACAGUUUUUCGCGUGGACGUUUCAACAGUUUUUUUUCUUCAAUCCUCCAAGUUUUCAUUGAAUAUAUUCGAAAAAAAAUCGAUUGAAAACUCUCCGGUAAAUUGCACUUCCAAAUUGUAUUUCGACGCAAGUAAAAUUUCAAAAUUAUUGGGAAACGGACUUCCGGAUCUGGAUAUUCGUCCCCAUGACUGUGUAAACAUCUCGACAGAUAUCUUCGCAUUAAUUAUAAUGUUUUCUGGACGCUUGAUCGAAGCUGUAAUCAUAAAUCGUUACGAUUUCUCUUAUCGUUGAAUUGAAAUUUCCGGCAAUGUCAGACUCGCGGUUGCACAUCGAAGAAUAAUCUGAAGACGAAGCAUUUAUUUCAGUCUUUUUUCGAAGCAAAACAAUAACGAAAGUAUCAUCGAUCGUGAAAAAAAAAACGUUUGUGUACUGAAUUACAUUAGUCAUUAGUGAAAGAGAAUUGUGAAACGAUGCCGACUUUUCGUUGAACCCCAACGUUCGAAUUAAAAACACGAUAUUGCAAACGAGUGACUUAUCGUUGCGUGGAAAGUGUUUAUCGAGUUGCUAAAUAAUUGCGGCGUAAAUAUAUUUGAUAACAAAAAAAGUGAGGAAAAAACAGAGAGAAGAACAGUGAUGAUGAAAAACAAGAAUAAGAAAGAGCCUCUGCUCGUUCUUCACCCUCGAAACCCGACGUGAUUUUAUUCGAAUAUAUAAUCACAACAAAAUAUACUGUCCGUCAAUAAUUUUAUUAUCAACGUGAAUUACAAAAGUCCGAUACACAUGCACCCUCCAAGCAAAAGUUCAAGAAUCUUCAUAUACUUGUGACAGACUCGCGAUCAUUAUUCCAAUUAAAAAUAAAAUACAUGCAUGUAUACGGGAUUAUAUACAAACGUAUGCUAUGGCGAGAAUCAAAGCAAUUUACGAAUCAGUGGCUGCUCAGUAUCGCGGUAGCUUCAAGACCGUCAUUGACAGGACGGGCACAAUGUUGCGAACCGCAAAAACAAAACUACUCGUGAAAAAUAGUGUAAGCGGACGUAGAAAUGUGCUUACCAAGGCGAAAGAAGAAACGAGGAGCGCGGUUACUGUGCCGGAAUUCGCAGAUGUUGUGAUAAUAGGUGGUGGAAGCGCAGGCUGCAGCGCUCUGUAUCACUUAGCGAAACAAGGAACAAACGCGAUACUUUUGGAACGUUCGAAAUUAACAUCAGGAACGACGUGGCACACCGGCGGUUUGUUUUGGCGACUUCGACCGAACGACGUGGACAUACAAUUGCUUGAUUCCACGAGAAGGUUGCUUCUGAAUCUGGAGGAAGAAACUGGUAUCAAUCCUGGCUGGAUACAAAACGGUGGACUCUUCAUAGCUCACUCCGAUCUCCGGAUGAAAGAGUACAAGAGACUUUCGACGGCCGGAAAAGCUUUUGGUAUCGAUUCUGAAAUAUUGUCGCCAAAGGAAGCGCAUAAACUGUUCCCUCUUCUCGAUGAGAACAGUUUUACAGGAGCCUUAUAUUCACCCGGCGACGGAACCAUCGAUCCAGCAAUGUUUAUCGCUGCUCUGACGAAAUCUGCAAAAAGUCACGGAGCGCGGGUUAUUGAAGAUUGUCCAGUAAGUAGAAUAUUCACAGAAAAAGACGAUUACGGAUGGAAAAAAGUAACGGGAGUCGAGACUCCGUACGGAAGAAUACGAACGAGUUGUAUUUUGAAUGCUUCCGGUGCUUGGUCCGGAAGUGUGGCUCAACUCAUUGGUUUGAAUAUUCCUCUGGUCCCGAUGAAACACGCUUACGUCGUCAGUGAAUCCGUCCCUGGUGUUCACGGCUGUCCGAACAUCAGAGAUCACGAUGCAAAUUUGUACAUCAAAGUGCACGGUUCGGCCAUGUCGAUCGGUGGUUAUGAGCCGAAUCCGAUUAUCCUCAAAUCUUUGGCGAAGGACUUUUCCUUUGGAUUGUACGAACUGGACUGGAACGUGUUCAACAAACACUCCGACGAGAUGGUCAAAUUGGUACCAAAACUUGCAACCACAGGAAUCAAGUCAACGGUUUGUGGUCCCGAAAGUUUCACACCGGAUCACAAACCUCUAAUGGGGGAGGAUCCCCGAUGUUCGGGUUUUUAUUAUUCGUGUGGGUACAACAGUGCAGGAAUGAUGUACGGCGGUGGUUGUGGCAAACAAAUAGCUUCCUGGAUAAUCAACGGUCGCCCGGACCAGCACAUGUACAAUUACGACAUUCGAAGAUUUUCAUUCGAUCAAAUGAGAGAUUCGGUAUGGGCGAACGAGAAGUCUCACGAGGCGUACGCAACGAAUUACGAUAUCGUGUUCCCCCAUCAAGUCUUCCUCGCGGGGAGGAAUUUCAAAAAGGACAAAUUUCACGACUUGUUUAUCGAAAACGGCGCUGUGAUGCAAGAUUCCGUUGGUUGGGAGAGACCCGGAUGGUUCGAACCUGGCAAAAAAAUCGAAGUGCUCCCUUACGAUUAUCUGGGGAGUUAUGGUAGCAAAAAGAAUACCAAUGAUCGAUACGCUGCCUGCGUCCAUAAAGAUUUUACGUUCGACUUUCCUGAACACCAUGAAAAAAUAGGUCAAGAAGCUCUGGCAUGUAGAAACAAUGCCGCAUUGUUCAAUCUUUCGUAUUUCGGAAAGUUUUAUCUCUGCGGUGCAGAAGCACAAAACGCUGUUGAUUAUUUGUUUACGGCAGAUAUGCAAUGUGAAGUGAACCGGACAAUUCGUACGUGUAUGUUGAACAAGCAAGGGGGUGUCGAAGCAGAUUGCACUGUGACUCGAAUUGAGCCGGGAUCUGGCGGUGUAACGGAUCCCAUUUUUCAGAGGAAAGCAUUUUACAUCGUUUGCGAAGGAGUAGCAGCGACUCACGUGUGGGCUCACAUGAACAAAAUAGUCCGGGAAAAGGGGUUUGAAGCGACGUUACACGAUGCAACUGAAAAUAUGGGAGUCCUCUCGAUUCAGGGUCCGAAUAGCCGGAAUAUUGUACAAGAACUCAUCGAGGACGAUCUUUCGGACAAAAAUUUUCCUCAUUCGACGUCUCUGGUAACGAAUAUCGAUGGCUGCUUGGUGCGAGCCUUCCGUCUGAGUACCGUGGGCGAACUUGGAUACGAAUUACACAUACCAAAUCAAUCUUGCGUCAAAGUUUUUCAAGCUAUUACCAAAACUGGAGAACAUUAUAAAAUGAAACUCGCUGGGUGUCGAGCCUGGUACAGCCUUAGUUGCGAAAAAGGAAAUCCAUUGUGGCAUCACGAUCUUACAUCUGUGGACAAUCCUGUCGAAGCUGGUCUCAGACGUUUGUGUAGAGACGAAGGGGAAUAUUUAGGAAAAAAAAGAGUUAUGAAAAUGAAAUCGAACGGGGUUAAAAAAAAAUUGGUACAAUUUCACUUGAAAGAUUGUGUACCGUUGUGGGGGCUGGAGGCAGUUUAUAGAAACUCUGUACUUGUUGGAUAUCUCAGGAGAGCUGAGUUUGGCUAUAGUUUGAACUGCAGUAUUGGACGAGCGUUCAUAACUCAUCCGGAAGGUGAAAAUGUAACAAACUCGUUCAUAGAAUCAGGGAAUUACGAGAUUGAAAUAAUGGGAAAGAAGUACCCAGCCCAAGUCUUUCUGAACAGUCCUUUUGACCCGGAGGACAAUCGUAUACAGGGUCAAUACUUCAAACGAUGAAAAAUGAUAAUCCUAAAGAUGGAAAUGCUUAAUUGUAAGAAAUAAGAAACCGAAGAAUUAUUUUAUGUUCACUACGAGUCGGUAUAUAAGUUUUGUACUUUUUGUUACUUUAAAUAGACGUUUAAAAACCUACUUCUAUAAGAAAUCACCCUGCCAAAGGGUUGGCAUGGAUUGUUACACUGUUUAUUCUCGUCUCUGUGAGUGGUUUGUAAUUUUUAGGAUUCACAGGUAACUUCUCUAGCUGCUCUAGCGUGUCCAGACCAUCGAUCACUCUGAAAUUGUAAAGUUACUUUUAUAAUUGUUGCGUUAAAGAUUCGGCCAGUACUUUUGUUCUUUUUGAUUUUUGAAUCCAAGUUAAAAUAAAACGUUUAGAAUCAGCAUA